AUGCCUAAAAUUAAAUAUAAAAUGGAAGAUGUUGAAGAAGCCUCAGAUACAAGUGCCAACAGUUCUUUACUAGACAACUCCCGAAGCAUUCUAGAAUUCAACUUCGAUUUACCUCAGGACAGAGACCACUACAAAAAAGAUAAAAAAUGUACCGUCUGCAAAACAAAAUUCGGUAAAGUCGGCCUGGUGAAUUUUAAAAAAUACUGCUGCAAGUUCUGCUAUAAAGGAGUCUGUUUGAAAUGCUCACCAAAACAAGUGAUGCAUCCUGAAACGCUUAAGCUGGAAAGGAUCUGCAGCAAUUGCUAUCAGAAAUCCAAGGAAGCACAGGUUGUUGAAAAACAAGAACAAAACUUGAUAGCGGUGCAACAGAUAAGACAAGAAGUGAUUGCCAAGGUAGAAGAAGAAAAUCAGUCAAAAAAUAAAAAUAAGCAAAAUGCUAAAUUCCUCUUUGGAAAUGUCAAAAAAAUCCUAAUUUUUGGGAAAAUUAGCCUUAAAAAAAGCAAAAAAUCUUGCUGGGAGGGUAAGAUUUUGGCUGAGAAAUACGAGAAAUUAAAGCUGGAAAAAGACCAAGAGCUAAGCCGGCUAAAUGAUGUUAUAAAGCAGCUAAAUGAACAAAGAGAUACUUUAAUUGACAAUUUUCAACAAACUAAAGAAAAAAUGAACAAGGUGCAAGAAGAAAUGGCAAAUCGGGAUAAGCUGCAGAAUGACUUAGAUAAUGACCUUUCUGGUAUAAUAUCUUCUUCUGAAAGAGAUAGAAAUGAAAUAGGCCAACUCAGAAAUAACCUUGCACAGAUCCAAGACGAGCAUGUAAGACUAAUAAGACAGAUAGAAGAAAUGUCAGGGCCGGUUGACACAAAGGCAAAGGUAAAAAGGAAAAGCAAAGGCGAAGAAAAAAUGCUGGCAAGGAUAGAAAAUGCCAAACUUGAGUACCAAAAAGUAUUAAAUGACCAUAAUGAUAUGAAAAAAGAACUGGAGUUUAAAGAAAGUGAGCUUAAAUUGGCAGAAAAACAGAUAAAAAUGCUAGAAGAUAGAGACCAUGAAAUUGAGAUUCAAAAUAGGCUGAAGGAUAAUAAGUCAGAAACUACAGAAGGUCAAGAAGAUAGAGCUGGAAAUCUUAGGAAAUUAAUUCAGGAAAAUGAGAUACAGAUAGAUAAAUUGAAAAUAGAAGUGGAAAAAGCCAGAAAGCAGAAAAAUAUGAAGAAAAAGAAGAAGAAAGCAGUAGAGCUUAAAGGGACUGAUUCAUAA